CUCGCCCACUGUUGUCUUUUCUCGUUUCAUGCCCUGAAUUUCUUCUCUUCUCCGAAAGAUCAACGGCCAUGGCUACCAAAUUCUCAUUUACAGAAGAAGAGAUGGCAAUUGACGAAGGCCUCGGAUACCCGAGAGCUUAUGAGAAGCUCUGCCGGAAUCCCCAUCUCUUCAAUUCCUUCAACCAAGGCCCUCCUUUCACUUACAUUCCUUAUGUCUUGCCAAAUCAAGAAGCUUUGAGGGCAAGGGAUUUGAAGCAGUUAUUCCCCAUCGUUGACCCAGAGAAAAAACCUUUGGCCAAUCCAAGGAAUUAUGCCAAUCUCUUAUGGAAGCAGCUUAACCAUCUCGGGAAUGCCGGCUUCGAUCCUGCAAGGUUCCGAGUGGACAUAUAUGGCAACGUUCUUUACUCCCAUGCCGAUUUGGGUUCUCCCCUUGCUUGGGAGAUUGAUCACUGGUUUCCAAUUUCUAGAGGAGGAAGGACAGUUCCUAGCAAUCUGAGGAUAUUACAGUGGCAAGUGUGCAAAAAGAAGCAGAACAAGCUGGAAUUUCUCAUUCCAUGGUGGGACCUGCAACUGGGUAUCUCUGUAAAUCAGUUCCUUUCCAUAUUUGCAUCUAAAAAUUCUGAUUUCAGGAAUAGAGCAUUUUCAUGGCUGUUCUCUGAAGGUGAAAAUGAAGAAUUGAAUGAAUUGCAGGCUGUGGAGUCUCAUAUUUUUCCUCAGCAUUUCGUUGAGGCAGAACAAGAAGUAGGCCUCGCUCCAGCCGCCAUUGUUUUAUCUCGCAGAGAUUUCGAUUCAUCACCUCUGAAGUCUGUUGAUCUCAAUCGGCCUUUAAGGCUGAGCUCCCCUGCAAUUGCUAUGAGGAAAUUCUCGGUUGAAGAAGAAGCCCACUGCAAAGCAAUUCAGCAAUUCAGAUCAACCAUUUCAAAAGAAAAUGAAAAUUCUGACAUGGGCUGCAAUGAAUAUGCGGCCAUUGUCAUGGCAAGAGAUUCACUGAAGCAAAGAGAAGAAACUGAAAAGAAGCAAGCGGAGAUACACAAACUGGAGAAUGAAUUGAAUGAGCUAAAGCAGAGAAAUGAAUCAGAAAGGCUGUCCAUCCAAGACUUGGAAACUGUGCUUAUAAAGCGCAGGAGAAGAGUUGAGAAAUGCAGGCGGUUAUCGGAGUCUCAGUCUUCUUAUAGGGCUUUACUAGAGAAGAUGAUUCGAGACGCCAUGCACCAGAAUGUUGUUUACAAGGAGCAGAUUAGAUUGAACCAGGUGGCCGCCAGCGCUCUCAUGGCAAGAUUAGAAGCCCAGAAAGCAAUCUGUGACUCCUCGGAGAAAGAUCUCCACAGGAAGUUCAAACAAAGAGAUGAUCUCGAGAGUCAGACGAGGCCAUACUCGGAGCAUGCGCGGAAAAGAUCCCGAACUGAUGAUGCUCUGUUUGAAGAACGAUAUGAGAAAACCACUCAGCUAUUGUUGCGAGGAACUGAGACAGGGAAAAAGAAGGCUUUGCAGAAGGAACUGAGAUUGUUCUUAGAGGAAGAACAGAAGGCAUCUGAAGCUGGCAUCUCUCUUGAUGAAGAGAGAGAACAACAAGAAGAAGAAGACGGGGAAAGAAAGGAAGCUUUGGCCAUCAGCACCGCUAAUGGAGGGAGGCCCAGAGAAGAUUUGUCCUUGGUUGUUCCAGAGGAUGAGACGGAACUCGAUGAUGAACUCCAGAAGUUAGCAAUCAAAGACCGGAAUGACACGAAGACUAAUGAAGAGGAGAUGAUAAGUUUGGUUACCGAAAGCCUGAUAAAAGAAGAAAAUGAAGAAUACAGAAAGAAGAUUGGGAAGGGAAAUGUCGACAAAUGGCUUCAGAUGCUAUUGGAGGACAGCCAAGAAGGCAGCCCAUACUCAGGCUCACCUGAGAUCACAAACAGGCCACCAGAGGACAAGCCCGCCGAAAUAGUCCGGAAGGUGAAGCUUAUUAAACACCCACAAGAGGAGAUUAAGAUUUUAAGACUCGAGGCCCCACAACCCAAUCAGAAGGAUGCUGAAGUGUGUCUUAAUAAAAAGGAAACUAGCAGUUCAAAAUCCAAGCAUAAUGAAGUUCAAGUUGAGGAGAGAAAAGGCAAAACAGUCCGGAAGGUGAAGCUUAUUAAACACCCACAAGAGGAGAUUAAGAUUUUAAGAUUGAACGCCCCACAACCCAAUCGGAAGGAUGCUGAAGUGGGUCUUAAUCAAAAGGAAACUAGCGGUUCAGACUCCAAGCGCAAUGAAGCACAAGUUGAGGAGAGAGACUGCGAGAAGAGAAUAGAAAGUAGUAUAAUGUUUGAGAAAAAUCCCAAUCCUGAGAUGGGUAGUGGUUAUAAAGGUCUUGGAAGUAGUACGAGUUUUGAAGGGAAGGAUAGAGGAGAGAGGAAUGGGAAAGAGAGGGGGCUUGCGAGGUGUGAGAGUGCAAGGGUUUUCCGGCCAUCAUCCCCAUCAAUGAUUUUGAGGAGAGGUGUGGAUUGCAUGGGGAAGAAGCCAAUGGUAAUGGGUGAUGAUGAUGAUGAUCAGAGUCUUGUGAUGGGACAUAACAAGUUCAUCAAGACGUCCAUCAAGACAUGCACCCAAGCUAUCAAGAAAGCAAUGAAUAAAUGAACUAGUUCUUAUCUUCUCUUCUGAUAGAGCUCACUAGCAGAGCUCAGUAAGUGUUUGGAGAUUGUGUAUCUAUGUUGUCUAGCCAGUUUGUAUGAGAUCCGGGCCGCUCCUUUGUAAGAUCAGGCUACUCUUGGUGGGCCAUGCAUGCAUAAGAAGAGUUGUCCAAGUGGCCGCAUUCAAAGGACAAUCACUCCUGGCCCACCUGAAGAAUGUGUUUGCUUGAUUGUUCAGUUACACAGCACAUUUCCAAUAUGACCCACUUGAUAAAAAAACCCGGAUCUUGCGCCAAGAGUAGCCUAGCAUUUUUAUAGUGGAUUCGUGUGUGAAAGAUUGCUUUUGUAUAGUCGUAGUAAAUAUAUGGUUGUUGUGUAAUAAGAGAGAUGCAUUGAAGGGUA